AUGGAGAACAAGAACCCCUCUUCAUCUCCUCAGAAGCCUGCGAAUCUUGAAGAUUUCGAGCGGGAGCCUCUCGUCGGAGUGCCUCCCAACGCCGAUCUUGGGCAGGAGCAAGUCCGACGCGAAGCAGAGGCAAACUCAACUGCCUACGGUCCUCCAUACCCCCUUCACAUCCGUCUCUCGGAAGACUUGAGUCACCCAGACGCUAAUGUCCAGAAACACGUUCCUAUUCUGCUCAAAAUUUUCCCCGAGACGACAGAAGUGUCUAAUUGCUUCAUCCACCUUCAUUUCUCAGUGAAGAAACUCCCCCCUCGACCAUGGCCACUCACCAUCGGCGGCAAGCCAUUCACCGUCACUGAUGAGCAAGGCAAAGGGAAAUUAUUCAUCUUCCCCUUGUCAGGAAAGGGUAAUACCGCCUUCCAUCUUCGCCCCGACAUCGACCGAUCUUUCGGCUCCAUGGAGUCUGGAAACUUUACAGAAUUCGCAGAGACGAUACACAACGAAAUGGUUGAUCGCUUCCCCGACCUGAAUGUCGUGGAAUACAUUGUCGAUACUAGUAAUGGGGCGCUCCGGAUUGUACUCGCAGAUGAUGUGAAUCCGGCCCAGUUUAAUGGGCGAUUGCCCGGCCGAAUUGCCAACCGCUGGGGCUUCUAUAUGUUCGAGAGGGACCUCCGCCGUGUUGAGUUGGCGCACCGUGAGAUAUCACCUGAUGCCGACAGAGGCAUCGUGGAUACAACAUGCUACGACACCCUGCGCCCAGGGGUUCUUGUGCAUAGCAAGGCAAGCUCGGACCGCGACAAUACUGCAACGUUGUCCUCAUCUACUGGCGUCAUGGUCAGAGACAGGAAUGGCACUGAACUCAUGACGGGAGCUUCCCAUAGAAUUGGUCCCGACAACAUGAUCUUUCAGAAGCUGCCAGACCGGUGA